AACUCUGCAAGAACAAGUGCCUGCAGUAGGACAGCCAGCUGUUGGACUCACUGAGAUAUUCCGCUUUGCCGAUGGACUGGAUAUCACCCUCAUGAUCCUUGGAGCACUGGCAUCAGUGGUAAAUGGAGCCUCUGUUCCUUUAAUGUCAGUGGUUUUAGGAGACAUGAGUGACCAUAUUAUUAAUGGAUGCCUCAUCCAAACCAACAGAACAAAGUAUCAGAACUGUACUCAUUCUCAAGAGAAGCUGAAUGAAGAUAUUACUAUGUUGACACUAUAUUACAUUCGUCUAGGAGUGGCUGCCCUCAUCUUUGGUUACAUACAGAUUUUUGAGGGGGUUAUGACUGCAGCCCGACAGACCAAGAAAAUUCGAAAACAGUUCUUCCAUUCAAUUUUGGCACAAGACAUCAGCUGGUUUGAUGGCAGUGACACUGGUGAAUUUAACACUCGCAUGACUAAGAGGAUGAACAGAAUCAGUGAUGGUAUUGGAGAUAAGAUUGCUCUGCUGUUUCAAAACAUCUGUUUUUCAAUUGGUCUGGUGAUUAGCCUGAUAAAGAGCUGGAAACUCACCCUGGUGGUUCUGUCCACAUGUCCCCUCAUAAUGGCUUCAGCUGCAGUUUAUGGUAGGAUGGUCAUCUCAUUGACCAAUAAGGAGUUGACUGCCUAUUCCAAAGCUGGAGCUGUAGCUGAAGAAGUCUUGUCAUCAAUCUGAACUGUCAUAGCCUUUGGAGGCCAAGAGAAAGAAAUUCAAAGUCUGUAUACACAGAAUCUAAAAGAAGCAAAGGAUGCUGGCAUAAAAAAGGCUAUAGCUUCAAAAUUGUCUCUUGGUGCAGUGUACUUCCUUAUGAAUGGAGCCUAUGGACUUGCAUUUUGGUAUGGAACCUCCUUGAUUUUCCAUAGAGAACCUGGUUAUACCAUUGGGACAAUUCUUGCUGUUUUCUUCGGUGUGAUCCACAGUAGUUAUUCCAUUGGGUCCUCAGCCCCUCACUUUGAGACCUUCACCAUAGCCUGAGGAGCCGCCUUCAAUAUUUUCCAGGUUAUUGAUAUAAAACCCAGUAUAGACAACUUUUCAACAACUGGACAUAAGCCUGAGUGCAUAGAAGGAACUGUAGAGUUUAAAAAUGUUUCUUUCAGUUACCCAUCAAGACCAUCCAUCAAGAUUCUGAAAGGUCUGAAUCUCAAGAUUAAGUCUGGAGAGACAGUAGCUUUGGUUGGUCCCAGCGGGGGCAGGAAGAGUACAACAGUCCAGCUUCUGCAGAGGCUCUAUGACCCUGAAGAAGGCUCUAUCACAGUGGAUGAGAAGGACAUUCACGCCUUAAACGUGCGGCAUUACCUAGAGCACGUGGGAGUGGUCAGCCAAGAGCCGGUUUUAUUCGGCACCACCAUCAGUAACAAUAUUAAGUUUGGACGAGACGGUGUGACUGACGAAGAGGUGGAGAAGGCAGCAAAGGAAGCAAACGCUUACGACUUCGUAAUGGCCUUUCCUAAUAAAUUUAAUACAUUGGUAGGGGAGAAAGGAGCCCAAAUGAGUGGAGGCCAGAAACAGAGAAUCACAAUUGCUGGAGCUUUAGUUUGAAACCCCAAAAUUCUGAUCUUAGACAAGGCUACGUCUGCCCUUGAUACAGAGAGCAAAUCCAUUGUUCAAGCUGCACUGGAGAAGGUAAGCAAAGGUCAGACUACAGUUGUGAUAGCACAUCGGCUCUCCACUGUCCACAGUGCAGAUCUGAUUGUGACUAUGAAGGACGGUGUGGUGGAAGAAAAAGGGACCCACUCUGAACUAAUGACAAAACGCGGGCUGUAUUACUCACUCACAAUGGCACAGGAUAUUAAAAGGUCUGAUGAACAAAUGGACUCAAGGACAUAUUCUGCUGAAGGAAAUACUAGCCAUGUUUCUCUGUGUACUAUGAAUAGCACCAAGUCCCCCUGCAUUGACAAGUCUGAGGAAGCCAUCCACAGUAAAGAGACAAGUCUUCCCGAAGUUUCUCUAUUAAAGAUACUUAAAUUAAACAAAUCAGAAUGGCCUUUGGUGAUUUGGGGAAUACUGGCUUCUGCUUUAAAUGGAUCUGCUCACCCAUCAUUUUCCAUCGUCCUUGCAAAACUGGUCACUGUAACUGUUUGGAGAUAAAAUAAAGCCACACUGAAGCAUGGUGCAGAAAUCUAUUCUAUGAUGCUAGUCAUUUUGGGGGCCAUAGCCUUUAUUGUUUUGUUUGUUUUCUAGGGAUUGUUUUAUGGCAGAGCAGAGGAAAAUUUUGCCAUGAGAUUAAGACAUUUGGCCUACAAAACCAUGUUAUAUCAGGAUAUUUCCUGUCAUGAUGAUAAAGAGAACAGCACAGGAGCCUUGACUACUACAUUAGCUCUAGACGUAGCACAAAUCCAAGGGGCAGCAAGUUCAAGACUUGGCAUCAUAAUCCAAAAUGCAACUAGCAUAGGACUGUCAGUUCUCAUCUCCUUCAUAUACAGAUGGGAGAUGACACCCUUGAUUCUGAACAUUGCUCCAGUACUUGCUGUGACGGGAAUGAUUGAAACCGCAGCAGUGGCUGGAUUUGCCAACAAGGACAAGCAAGAAUUCAAAUGUGCUGGAAAGAUAGCAACAGAAACUGUGGGAAAUAUGCGGACCAUAGUAUCAUUAACAAGAGAGAAAGUAUCUGAGCAAAUGUAUGAAGAGACACUUGAGACCCAGCACAGAAAUGCCUUGAAGAAAGCACAGAUCACCGGAAGCUGGGCAUUCAGCCAUGCUUCUGUGUAUUUCGCCCAUGCAGCAGGGUUUCAAUUUGGAGCCUAUUUGAUUCAGGCUGGACAGAUGACACCAGAAGGCAUGUUCAUGGUUUUUACUGCGAUUGGGUAUGGAGCCAUAGACAUUGGAGAAACACUGGUUUGGGCACCUGAAUUCUCCAAAGCCAAAUCUGGAGCCACACAUCUGUUUGCUUUGCUGGAAAAGAUACCAACUAUAGACAGCUGCAGUCAAAAAGGGAAAAGUCCAGACAUGUGUGAAAGCAAUUUUGAAUUUCGUGAAGUCUCUUUCUUCUAUCCGUGCCGCCUGGAAGUUCUGGUCCUUUGUGACUUCUCUAUCAACAUUGAGAAAGGGAAGACAGUGGAGUUUGUUGGGAGCAGUGGCUGUGGGAAAAGUACGUGUGUCCGACUACUGCAAAGAUUCUAUGACCCUGUGAAAGGACAUGUGCUGCUUGAUGGUAUAGGUGCCAAAGAACUGAAUGUGCAGUGGCUCCGUUCCCAGACAGCCAUCGUUUCUCAAGAGCUGGGGCUCUUCAACCGCAGUAUCGCUGAGAACAUCGCCUAUGGUGAUAACAGCCGCAAGGUGCCCUUACAGGAGAUCAAAGAAGUCGCAGAGGCAGCCAACAUCCAUUCUUUCAUUGAAGGUCUCCCCAAGAAAUACAACACACAAGUCGGACAUAAAGGAGUGCAGCUUUCCGGCGGCCAGAAACAAAGACUGGCUGUUGCAAGGGCCCUUCUCCAGAAGCCAAAAAUUCUACUGCUGGACGAGGCCACAUCAGCUCUGGACAAGGAGAGUGAGAAGGUGGUCCAGGAUGCCCUUGAUAAAGCCCGGAGAGGGAGGGCUUGCCUAGUGGCGGCUCACAGACUCUCCACAAUACAGAAUGAAGAUCUGAUUGUGGUUCUGCAAAAUGGAAGAAUAAAGGAACAGGGGCAUCAGGAGUUCCUGAGAAAUCAUGACGCAUACUUUAAAUUAGUAGAUGCACAGUCGGUGCACUGA